CGUCUGCGCAUUUCGGCCCUCAUCGCUAACAGACGUCGCUUUGCAGAGUUCGCUCUAUUCAAUAAACCAUUAAACCCUGAACUGUCUUCGAGUUAAAACCCUUCCCUCGAUUUUCUCUCUCUAGGUUUGAAGUUGGAAGAGUAAAGGGUUGAAAAAUAAAAGCUCGUGAUUGAAAGUAAUGGUGGAUUGGUGGUGGUCUUUACUCGGAGCCGCCGUGCCUGCGAUGGUGGCAGGACAGGCUCUGAGGAUGAAGAAUAGGAGACACGAAGAGCAGAGGCUGAAGGGUGUUGGUGGGCGAGAGAAGAGCUCCGACGAUAUAUUUGUUUGCGAGAGGGUUUGUACUUCCAAGAGAAUGCUCAAGAAGGUUGGUGCAUUUUCUAAGGACCCAACUCCUGAUACUUGCGUUACUGUUUGUGGUGUCUCUGAGCUUGAUGCUUGUGCCGAUGCAUGUGCUAGAACUGUUUGUGUUAAUCAGCAUCAAGUGCCCAAUUGGAAUGAUAGCUGUCUUAAGAGGUGUCAAAGUGAGUGCCUUAAGCUCUCUAAUUCUUCUGCUAAAUCUUCAUAGUCUUAAUCUGGGUUUUGUUACUUGGAAUUUUUCAAUGACUAGAAUUGGAUUUCUAUGAAUUUGUGGAUGCAUUAUUGUUUUAAUUGAAUUUAGUCUUUUGGAUAAUUUGCUUCCUGUACUGAAAAUGCUACUUUUUUU